GCCAUGCCACGGGCAAAGGCAAUGUCGUCUUCCAGGGCGGAGGCGCCACCGUCGGCGCUCCAGCCCGCGCGGAUUCUCUUCUCCGGAAUCAAGGUACCCGAUCUCUCCCGCCAGUUCCAGCAGCACAAUGCCAUCCCGUCGCUGCUCGAUCGGAUCAAUUCGCCGCUGGCAGCUGCCAGAUCCUUGCUCCAGCGCGUUCUUCCUCCUAGGGCAGCCACAUCCGGCAGGGAGCCGCUGCUCCAGUCGCUCCAGGCGCGGAUUUUAGGGUCGCUUCGGCAGCGCCAUGCCGCGCUCUAAGAGGAGGAGGAAAGAGUCCUUAUCAGCGAGGUUCUUGUCCAAGAUAAAGAUGGGCAGGAGCUGGAAAACUCGGAGAUUUUGGCCAUUGCUCGACAGGCUCUAAAGUCGUGUAAAUCGAAUCACGCGCUCACGACGAAAGAGGUCCAAGAGGACGUUCAUCGGAUCAUCGAGACUGGAUUUUUCGCGUCUUGCAUGCCUGUUGCCGAAGAUGGCUGCUGGAUGAGAGCUUCUCCGAUGAUCAUCUCCGCGACGUGAUCCUCAACUUCGUCAUCGCCGGGAGGGACACCACCGCCAGCACUCUCUCGUAUUUCACCUACAUGAUAGCCUCCCCAUCCGGAUUGCGCCACCAAAAUCUACCAGGAGCUCCACGAGUUUGAAGAAUUCCAGCUCAGCGACAAUUCCCAUCGCCCAAGCAGUUUCGAGGACAAGAUCCACGGAUUUACCCAGCUGCUAACAUACGAAUCGCUGGCUAAGCUCGUCUAUCUCCACGCCGCGCUCAUGGAAACUCUCAGGCCCUUCCCUGCCAUACCUCUGAACUUCAAACUAGCUGUCACGGAUGAUGUUCUUCCAUCGGGUGCUGUGGUGAAAAGAGGAUCCACGGUUUCAUAUGUGCUGUAUUGCAUGGCCAGUGUUGAAUCAAUCUGGGGCUCCGAUGCAUCGCAGUUUCGUCCCGAGAGAUGGCGCAGAGAUGGAGCCUGGGAUUUCAGCGUCUCUCCAUUCAAGUUCACGGCAUUCCAGGCAGGGCCCCGCAUUUGUUUUGGCAAAGACAGUGCCUUCUUGCAGAUGAAGAUCACAGCAGCACUCCUGUGCCGAUUUUUCGAGUUUCAACUUGUUUCUGGGCAGAUUCUGACGUACCGAGUCAUGGACACCAUCUCCCUUGUGAAUGGUGUCAAAGUCACCAUCUCCAACUGCACUUGAGAAUAAGAGAAUUGGAAUUUUUGGGUCCUUAUAUAGAAUAAGCAAAAAACUGUCCAUCUUCUCUGUACCACGUUUGAGCUCAUAAGAUCAAUUGAAAGUUGGUGCUUUGUU